CUCACGGCUGAUAAGCGACCGAGUCGGAGCCACAGCUUCGCCAGCGAGAGGAAGGUGGAUAGACAGCUCGGAGAAUCACACAUACAUACACACACAUAUAUAUAUAUAUAUACACACACACACACACACACAUAACCCCCUCCCGUUUCAGCUUUAAAAGAUGACAUCUAGGAAGAAAGUUUUGCUGAAAGUCAUCAUCUUAGGAGAUUCAGGGGUAGGGAAAACCUCAUUGAUGAACCAGUAUGUAAACAAAAAGUUCAGUAACCAGUAUAAGGCAACAAUAGGGGCAGACUUUCUAACCAAGGAAGUGAUGGUGGACGAUCGAUUGGUGACAAUGCAGAUCUGGGAUACAGCAGGACAAGAGCGGUUUCAGUCAUUGGGCGUGGCAUUCUACAGAGGAGCUGAUUGCUGUGUGCUGGUCUUUGAUGUAACAGCGCCCAACACAUUCAAAACCCUUGAUAGCUGGAGGGAUGAGUUUCUCAUUCAAGCUAGUCCACGAGAUCCAGAAAACUUCCCAUUUGUUGUCCUUGGAAACAAGAUAGAUUUGGAAAACAGACAAGUCACUGCAAAAAGAGCACAGGCAUGGUGUCAGAGCAAAAAUAACAUCCCAUAUUUUGAAACCAGCGCAAAGGAGGCAAUAAAUGUGGAACAGGCUUUUCAAACAAUUGCACGGAAUGCACUUAAACAGGAAACUGAAGUGGAGCUCUACAACGAAUUCCCAGAACCAAUCAAACUAGACAAGAACGACCGGGCAAAGACUUCAGCAGAGAGUUGCAGCUGCUGAGUGUGGGAGGGGUGGUUUCCACAAAUCAGGCCUUUGACGCAGUCCUCAUCCUGCCCUCCCCCUUCCUUCAACCAUAAGCCAAGAUUCCUUCAUGCACCUUGCGUAGUGCCAGUGUGCGCACAAGGAAGAGCUGCAUCUAAUUAGCAGAGCUGUUGUAUAACUGGUAGUAACAUUGGAAGGAAAAGCAAAUGUAUACUGAACUAAGUUUAUUGUCUGAAGACCCAUGUUUUACAAUUGUACUGUAAAAUGAAUAAUUAAUAAUUUUUAAGUCUGUUCUGUCUGAAGGCAAGAACUGGAAAUGGCCAUUGUUCUCCAACUUUUUUUUCGAACCCAGUUCUUGGAGAUGACCUGAGCAAAGCCAUCUUGCUGUGGAUUGUGUUCACCCUGUUCCUUAUCUGCUCCCUAUUUAGUGUUGCACAUUGCCUCCCAGCUCAAGGAUGAGCCCAUUUUAAACCCACACUUACUGAUUUAAAUCUUGGGAUAAGGGGAAUGAAAUGCUAAAUGGGCACCAGCAAUUCUUGGAGAUGGCAUGACCAGUUCAGUACUUUUUUAUUGGCAAUUAAAAGUCAAUGAUGGUAACUUUGGUCCAAUAAGUUUAUCAAAACUGCUUUAUCUUUGUCUGGGUUUCAGUUAAGUGUUCUUAAAUUGAUUUACUUAACAUGCUUGUACUGUAUGCAAAAAUCAGUAUUAAGUUAAUUAGAAAGUCCACUUGUUUUGUAGCCUGUAGCUACCCAUUGAGAUUAGUAACAUGAAGUUACUUUUGAACAGACUUGCCAAUAGCAUGUCUGGUAUUAGUGACUACUUGCCAAAGUUACUAGUCUUGCUUCUUAGCUUAAAAUUUCAACACUUCAGUGUACUUCCUAAAAGGUUCAUAUUCUAGUAAGUGCAACAAAUUUCUGUAAUCAUGAUAUUGCCAAUAAAUAGAACAGGAGUGACUGUGGUGUUUGA